UUGCUGUCAAGUUAUAUCUGCACGACUGCACGUGUUUUUGUCGCGUUUCUUUUGCAAUAACUAAAUAUUUCUACUAAAUGUAAGUCCUUUACAAAAUAAUGGAACCAAAAAAGAUAUUACAGAAACCGUCUCUAGCUUAUACAAGUAAUCCUAAUUACAGUAAGCCCCCUAAAACACCUAACCCUCAUCUGCAAUGCCUAGGGACGCCUCAUAUAGACUCUUUCAAUUACAUGAUACGUGAUGGUCUUAAGGCUGCUAUAGCGGAUUUAAUUCCGGCCGAAUUUGAGAUGCCGAGUGGAGAAAAAAUUAAAAUCACUAUAGACGAGGCCGCAUUUGCUAAGCCGAGUGUUCCCAUGGAAACUGUGGGUGUGAAAAAUCAGAGAGUACUUCCUACAGAAUGCCGACAAAGGGCUGCUACUUAUAAGGGUGAUUUUAAGAUAAGAUUAACUUUAAAUAUUGAUGGAAAAGCUAUGUCUAUUGAUAAAUCACUAGGAAGUCUGCCUAUAAUGUUAAAGUCAAAGGUAUGUCACUUGGCAGAUUUAUCACCUGAGGAACUUAUAAAACACAAUGAACAUGCUGAUGAAUGGGGUGGAUAUUUUGUCAUCAAGGGUCAUGAACGUUUAGCUCGUAUGUUACUAGUGACGCGCCGCAACUAUCCUGUUGCUAUUAAACGAUCAGGGUGGAAGAUGAGAGGAAACUUUUUCUCCGAGUUUGGAGUCCUUGUACGCUGUGUAAAGCCUGAUCUUACUAGCACCAAUAAUGUUCUUCACUUCCUCCAAAAUGGUACUUGUAAACUAAUGUUCUCUCACCGUAAAGUGAUGUACUACGCUCCGUUAGUCUUGAUCAUGAAGGCUCUCGUGGACUGGCCGGAUCAUUAUAUAUACAGACUAUUGCUACAUGGCAAGAAGAAUGACUUGUAUUAUGUUAACUGCGUACAGAAUAUGCUCCGUGAACUUCAUGAGCAAAGUCUUCACACACAAGAGGAAUGUAAAUCGUACCUCGGUCGUAUGUUUCGGCCCAGACUGAGUGAACUGCCCCCAUGGGUCACAGACGAGGACGCUGCUGACUUCCUUCUCACUCGCUGUGUGAUGAUCCAUCUUAAUGGGCACAUCGAUAAGUUCCACGCUCUGGUGUUUAUGGCACAGAAGCUAUAUGAUGUCGUUCAGAAUAAAUGUAAGGUGGAAGGCGCUGAUGCUGUAAUGGUUCAAGAGUUGCAGGUUGGCGGACAUCUCUAUUUGCAAGUGUUGAAGGAACGACUGCAAACUAUGUUGUAUGUCAUCAAGGCGAAUAUUCUAAAGCGAGCCAAAACCGCUAAGAAAUUUGUUCUGACCUCGAAAGAGUUGCAGCAAUUAAUUCGCAUGGCGGGUAGCUUGGAACAAAAGAUGGAGACGUUUCUGGCGACCGGUAACGCCCCGUCCACCAACGUGAACCUCGCGCAGUACAAGGGGCUGACCAUCGUCGCCGAGAACAUUAAUAGGAUGCGAUACAUGUCACAUUUCAAGGCGAUCCACCGCGGCUCGUUCUUCAUGGAGAUGCGCACGACGGAGGCGCGGCAGCUGCUGCCGGACGCGUGGGGCUUCGUGUGCCCCGUGCACACGCCGGACGGCGCGCCCUGCGGACUGCUCAACCACCUCACCGCCGCCGCGCAGGUGACCCAGCAUCCUGACCCCAAGCAUCUACCCAACCUACCGUUCGUGCUGGAAAAAUGUGGAAUGGAACCUAUCAGCUCGGUGGCGAACACUCCAUUGUCCCACGACGUGUACAAGUACCCGGUCUUCAUAGACGGGAGGCUGGUAGGCUAUCUGCCCGAAGACACCGCUCAAAAGAGUGCCGCUUACCUCCGUACAUUGAAGGUCAAGGGGGAAGAAGUGCCAAUAUCUACAGAAAUUGUCGUGAUACCCAAAAAACAGAUCUGCGCACAGUACGCGGGGGUGUUCCUCUUCACAACCGAGGCUCGCAUGAUGAGACCGGUCAUCAACUUAUCCACGGGACAGCUGGAGCUCAUUGGGACAAUGGAACAGUUGUAUUUGGACAUUGCCGUCACACAGAAUGAAAUUAUAAAAGGUAAAACAACACAUUUGGAGCUAUCAAAGUCAGCUUUCAUGAGCAACUUGGCGCAGCUGGUCCCGAUGCCGGACUGCAACCAGUCGCCUCGCAACAUGUACCAGUGCCAGAUGGGCAAGCAGACGAUGGGCACGCCCAUCCACACGUGGGCGUCGUCGGCGGAGACCAAGCUGUACCGCCUGCAGUCGGGCGCCGCCCCACUGUUCCGGCCGCUGCACCACGACCGCCUGCACCUCGACGACUACCCCGCCGGCACCAACGCCGUGCUCGCCGUCGUCUCCUACACGGGCUACGACAUGGAGGACGCGAUGAUCAUCAACAAGUCUGCGUACGAGCGAGGCUUCGCGGCGGGCUCGGUGUACAAGGCCAACUUCCUGGAGCUCUCCCACUCUUCUUCGUACUUCUGCCGCGAUCCCGCGCGUGGGGAACUCGCGCAGCACGUUGAUGAGGACGGGUUGCCCGCUGUGGGCGCUCGCGUGCAGCCCGACGAUCCCUUCUAUUGCUACUGGGACGGCGAGAAGAAUCAGUUCGUGGUGUCUCGCUACCAUGGCAAGGAGGAGGUGUUCGUGGACAGCGUGAGGCUCUGUGGGGACUUCUCGUCCAAAGCGCCGAAGAAGGCCUGCGUUAUGGUUCGGAUACAGCGCAAUCCAACAGUCGGUGACAAGUUCGCUUCCCGGGCCGGGCAGAAGGGUAUCUGUUCGCAGAAGUGGACGGCUGAGGACUUACCGUUCACGGAGUCGGGACUUAUCCCGGACAUCCUGUUCAACCCUCACGGCUUCCCGUCCAGAAUGACCAUCGCUAUGAUGAUCGAGUGUAUGGCGGGAAAAGCGGCGUGUCUACAUGGACAUGUCCAUGAUGCAACUCCAUUCCGCUUCAACGAACAAGACACAGCCAUCAAUUACUUUGGGAGACUUCUAGAAGCCGGCGGUUACAACUAUUUUGGAACCGAGCGUAUGUACAGCGGAGUCGACGGCAGAGAGAUGACCGCUGACAUCUUCUGCGGACUGGUUCACUACCAGCGGCUAAGGCACAUGGUGUCCGAUAAGUGGCAGGUGCGCACGACGGGCGCGGUGGACGCGCUGACGCGCCAGCCGGUCAAGGGGCGGCGGCGCGGGGGGGGAGUGCGCCUCGGGGAGAUGGAGCGCGACGCGCUGCUGUCGCACGGCGCCGCCUUCGUGCUGCAGGACCGCCUGUUCCACUGCUCCGACAAGACCGAGGCGAUCGUGUGUUCGAAGUGCGGGACGCUGCUGGGCCCCGUGGUGAGCGACGUGGAUGGCGCCAAGGACUCGUGCCGCCUGUGCGGAGACGGAGACCUCUUGACGGUGGCCAUUCCGUAUAUCCUCAAGUUCUUUGUUACUCAACUAGCUUCGGUUAAUAUUAAUGUUAAAAUUAAUUGUAACAACGAUUUAGCUAUACAGAGUUGAUGAUUGUUGACAAAUGUUAUAUAAUACUUUUCGUAUUUCUCAUUACAAAGGCAGACUGGUAUAUUUUUUUUUAUUUAAGCAUAGUACUUAACGUUGCAAUCGCGACCUAGUGGCUGUUGUUAUUCCCUUCAGGAUGUUACGCCAUCUCUCCCUAUCUGCUGUCAUCCUUUACCUAUUCAAUGGUCCGCCCACCGAUCUGAUUUGGUCAUUUUAUCAUAGGCGCCUGACCGCGAGGUCUGAUGCCUUCAUCUCUGCCUUGAACGACAAGGCAUUCUAUGGAGUCACGGAUUCUUCUUGAAACGUGGCCGAAGAAUUGUUAUCCUAUCAUUAUUCAUUGCUAUAUAAGUAACAUUUUUCUAAAUAGUAAGUGAAUAUCUUAUUGAAUUAUAGGACAGGUGUUAGGAAUAAAAAGGUAGCUUUUCAACAACGAAUUUCAACAAAAUCGCUUGAAUAGUUUGGCCUUGAAAACGUGAAAUACAUUUUAUUGUGACGUUAAAUUUUUUUGGUUCGAUAAUAUAGGAUCAUAAAAACAAAAAAUUAUUGG